GAUGCAUGUUUGUUAGCAAAAGUCAGGAAAGUAAAAUGUGUCAGUGUCACGUCACUCAAAAAAUUUAACUUCAUUUGCGUCUUUGUAUUGUCAAAGUCAAUUAUUUUUUGGGUUUGGUUGUUUAUUAAAGGAUUCACUCGUUUUAGGAGCGGUAUUUGAAAUUAGCGAGCUAUUAAAAAUUGUAUAACUUCUCCAGCUUUAUUGUUUCAAUAUGGGAAUCCAAAAGAAGGAGAUCCGUAGAAAGAACAAGAAACAUGUAAUUUGUAUGGCUUCGGACUUCUUUUAUCCUAACACAGGCGGAGUAGAAGAGCAUAUUUAUAAUUUAUCACAAUGUCUAAUCAAGAGAGGUCAUAAAGUAGUCAUAAUUACUCAUUCUUACGGACAACGAGUGGGAAUAAGGUACUUAACUUGUGGACUAAAAGUUUAUUACUUGCCUGUAAAAGUAUUUUAUGCUCAGUGUGUUCUGCCAACCAUGAUAUGCAAUAUCGCACUGAUAAGAUAUAUAUUGAUAAGAGAGAGAGUUGAGAUUGUACACGGACAUUCUGCAUUCAGUGUAUUGUGUCAUGAAGUAUCAAUUAUAGGUAAACUGAUGGGUUUGAAAACAGUAUUCACUGAUCACAGUCUAUUUGGAUUUGCUGACACUUCAGCUGUUUUAACAAACAAGUACCUUCAGAUGUGUUUAUGUGAGUGUGAUCAUUGUAUCUGUGUCUCACACACUGGGAAAGAAAAUACUGUACUCAGAGCAAAAGUAAAAGCAUACAAGGUUUCUGUGAUACCCAAUGCUGUUGACGCCUACAGCUUUACUCCAGACCCAAGCAAAAGAGAUCCUAAUGUGAUAACAAUAGUCAUUGUAUCCCGCCUUGUGUAUAGAAAAGGUGUUGAUUUAAUGGCUGCUGUAAUAGCUGAUAUGUGCCCUAGAUACCCAAAAAUAAGGUUCAUAGUUGGAGGAGAUGGUCCUAAAAUGUGGCUUCUACAAGAAGUGAGAGAACAGAAAGGUUUUCAACAUUGUGUGACCCUCUUGGGAAGUCUCAAACAUUCUGAAGUAAGGGAUGUGCUAGUGAAAGGGGAUAUAUUUUUGAACACAUCUCUUACUGAAGCUUACUGCAUGGCAAUAGUGGAAGCAGCGUCUUGUGGAUUAAAAGUAGUCUCAACUAAAGUAGGUGGUAUACCUGAAGUGUUACCAGAUAGUAUGAUUUACCUAACAGAACCAAAUGUUGGCAGUCUUGUGGAAGGAAUUGAGAAAGCCAUGGCAGACAUAGACAAAGGCAAUAUAUUAUGUCCAUUUGAAUGCAAUAUGAGAGUAAGGAAAAUGUACAAUUGGAUGGAUGUAACAAAGAGGACAGAAAUAGUAUACAACAAUAUAUCUUUGAAUAAAAAUAAUCCCCUAGGUUUACAAUUACGAAACUACCUCACAUGUGGUGUUUGGCCAUUUUUGCUAGUUAUAAGUCUCAUGUAUUUAUUGUUAAAAUUGACAGAGAAAAUAUACAAAAAGAAACAUAUUGACAUAGCAAGGGAUUAUAAGUUAUAGUAGCAAAUAUAGUAUAUAAAUAUAGUCAUUUACUAAGUUGGGAA